AUGAAGAGAGAAACUCCUUUUGAAGUGAGAAAAGGUGCUUGGACUCCAGAUGAAGAUAUUCUUCUGAGGAAGUGCAUUGAGAAGUAUGGUGAAGGUAAUUGGCAUCAAGUUCCUCUUCAAGCAGGUUUAAACAGAUGCAGGAAAAGUUGUAGACUGAGGUGGUUGAACUAUCUGAGUCCAGAUAUAAAGAGAGGAGACUUUGCAUCAGAUGAAGUUGAACUCAUUAUCAGACUUCAUAAGCUCAUAGGCAAUAGAUGGACACUGAUUGCUGGUAGACUUCCGGGAAGGACAGGAAAUGAUGUGAAGAAUUACUGGAACUCCCACCUGCGGAUUAAGGCUGUGGCUCGCGGCGGCACAGACGCAGUAACCAAAGCCCAGAAGACUACAGCAACCAAACCUAUAAAGCCUCGACCUCGGAGAUUUGCAAGCAAUCAAGUUUGGUUUAAUGGAAAUACUACCAUUAAUGUAGACAACAACACUCAAUCACUCACCAACAAUCCUUCAACAACAUCACCUCUAAAGGUUGAUGAAAUUCUGUGUUGGUGGGAUAACGGGGAGUUCAUUGACAAUGGAGUACUCACAUGGUCCAUGGACGGCUCAGAUGAGGAUCAGCUUAUUACAAGCCUUUGGAGCAGUGAUGAAGUAGCCACUGGAGUCAACAUUGCAAGUGACAGUUCUGUCCAAGAUGACCAGAUUAGUUUGAAUGACUUUUCUGUUGAUCAUGUGGACAAUUGGGAUUUUCUGUAA